ACCGACUCGAAGUUACCGUUCGAAAAUCGCAAUGCAAGGCUUAAAAAUCUCUAAACUCAUGGUGUACGAUGUUAAUCCCAUUAUUUUCAAGUUGGGACAAACUUAUGUCGCAUGGAUUGUUUUGUCGCAACAAAUACAGGUUGCGACAUUGUCAUUAUUGUUGCGCGAUGUUUGAAUUCUGAUUCACUGGGAUUGCCAUAUCUCAGUUAUGUCUCAACCGAUAGUUUUCAUUUUUCUGUGACGAACUACAAAACAUUUCAAUUUCCAAAAACUAUUGAAAAAGCUCAGUGAUAACUAUUGAUACAAAAGUUACAGAUAGGUUGAAUUUUGACAAAAAAAAUGCACCAAGACAAAAAAUUAUGUAGCCAAAAAUGCUGAAGUCAAAUCACUAUGGUGUCUUCGGCAAAUAUGUUUCUUGUAUGAUGACCAAUAAAUUUGCUGAAGACACCAUAGCUAUCUGACUUCAGCAUUUUAGGCUGCACAAUUUUUUGUCUUGGUGCAUUUUUAUUGUCAAAAUUCAACCUAUCUGUAUCUUUUGUAUCAAUAGUUAUCACUGAACUUUUUCAAUAGUUUUUGAAAAUUGAAAUGUUUUGUAGUUCGUCACAGAAAAAUGAAAACUAUCGGUUUAGACAUAACUGAGAUAUGGCAAUCCAAAGUUGACUAUUUGUAUGGGAAAACGGCUUUGGUGCAUUUUUAUUGUCCGAUACAGUAUAUAAAUCCCGAGUAGAGGAGGUGCCAAGCAUCGAAUUAACCAAUCAGUGACGAUCGGUUAAUAAGUUGUAGAAAAUAUGCAACAUCUGCAUAAGGCUCAGUGUCAGUAAGGAACACUGAAGGUUUGUUAUUUGACCUUCGGUUCGCACGGGUCGGCUGGUUACAAUGCACUCAGCAUGGUGCAAUGAUUUAACGACCUGCACAUGAGGAGUGCAUGGGAAGCAGCUGAUGCAAAUGUAAUUUGAGGAUUUAGUUCAACAGUGAGAACGAAUUUAUUGUAUAAAAGUUUUACAGUGAGUAAUUCACUGUUUGUUUAUUGUGCUUUUCUUAUACAAAUCAGUCAACUCAUGACAAAUUCUGCUCAUGCAUAGAUUGGUUAGGUGCAAUUCUAUGUUGAGUUAUCCAUGAACUGUACUACCUAAGAAAUCCAUCAAACUGAAGCAUCUCAAAUUAAUGUUUGAGCUACUUCAGAUGAUGUAAUCAUCGUAGCAAUAUUGCUAAAUACCAGCGAGAGUUGCUGAAUACAAGAGCUUGCUUGAAGGCAUCGAAAUGUUGAAACAUACUGUUAACGUUAUUCUAAGAUAUAGCAUGCUCGAGGCACGACAGUUCAUUUAUAAUGAAGGAAGCAAAACUGGUUUCACACGGUAACCUUUACAGAAGUUACCCUACGAAAAUGAACUUUUUGAAGUAGAGCCACUUGGGCUUCGCACGCUUUUUACGCUGAAAAUUGAUCGAAGGUUUCCUAGCCGUAGUCACUACCCAAACUAGACUGGAUUACACUCUUCAAAAUCACAGCACCAAAAGGAAACAUCAACGACAAACCAAGUCGGUGUCAAUUGAAAAUCGCCAAUGGCGAAAACGCAUUAAGCGAAACCGUAUAGGUAGUAAUGUAAGCUAAUUAACAACAUUUGAAUAAUCCCGCCCUUAUUCAGCCUCAAAUUUGAGACUUAAGAAGGGCAACUGAUUAUCUCGGAAAAACGCAAGGUCCACUGCACUAUUGAUCCGGUUAGCACAGUAAGGGCGUAAUACUGUGGAGGACGCCCUAAUUCUCCAUAGGCUCCGUUAGUGGUUAGGUUUUUAUUAGACCCCCCAAACCAUUCCUUGGUACGGUAAGCAUAAAGCCGCAUAACACCAUGAAUUAGGGGUCACCUGUUUAGUGGACUCUUACCACUAGUGUUAUUCUUAGCCAAUUGAGACAACCGCUACCGACACUACACAGCUAUCUAGGCUGAUCGGGAAAAGAAGUUAACAUUGAUGGUUAACUUCCAAACGAGCCCAAACAGCCCCAUACUGCUACAGCUCGGUGAACAUAUGCUGUCGCACGUAGCAGUCUGCUCCAGUUGGAAAAUCGUUGAAUAUAUAUCACUUCCACUACUGUUCGGUGUACUGCAACGAGGCGAAUUUCUUCGGUGGUCACAUCUACUUCCGCUGUAUCUCCUGGCCGUUCCGUAGGCCACUGACUUUCCGGAUCUUGCAGAAAUACUGAACCCUGGUACCAACGGCAACCCGGGUCGAAUGAAGACCCCCCAUUCCAUUUCGUGUACGUAGCGCCAUUCAUCCACACUGGUUAACGACAGGAUUUCGCCAACACGGAAAGACACGAACUGAUGAUACCGACGACUAUCGGAGCGAAGUCAAGCAAGAACUGUUGCUGAAUCUGACCAAAGGAAACGUUUGUGGAUAUCGAUGCUAAGGGCUGAGCAGAUGUUCUGUAGUAGACGGGAACCCAUCAUGACAGCCUGAAGCUCCAAACGUGGGAUGGAUAGCGUUCGUAGAGGUGCAACUUUUGUCUUUGCUGCAAUCAAUGAACACUGACUCUCUCCGUCCACCGUCGUUCUAAGGUAGGCCACACACGCACAAGCUGACACGCUCGCAUCUGUGAACACAUGGACCUGAAUAUCGCUGACUUGCUGCGGACAGAAAUCCUUGAAGAAGCAGCGAGGAACGAUCACUUCGUUGAUCUGCCGGUACUGUUCGAUCCACCUUAUCCAAAGCUCACGUGGCUGGUCCGCAAUAGGCUCGUCCCAGCUAGUACCUGUGUUAGCUGCCGUGCAGCGACGACCUUGCCUAAAGAUCCAUCCCUUCUGUACAUUUCUGACGGAGCGCUAGGUACCUAUCCGUCAUAGGCCGUGAGUAUGCAUACUGAAAGAUCAAUCUGUCAUCAAACGUGAGUAUGCAAAUUGAAAUACCGUACAGAGAGCAAAAGAAGAUAGAUAGUAUUCUACUGAAUUGUAUUUGGUAAACGAAUUCCAACAAUAAUUACUUAUUAGCUUAGUCAUUAUAUGCUAAAUUUAAUGAAAACCAGUGCUAGUGACUGAACUGAAUUUAAUCACUUGAACUGGUAAGUCAAUUCUAUCAAAGUGAUGAAAUGCAUCUAAACUAUUUUCAUUAUUCAGGCUCUAAAUACCCUUCCAACUAUACCAACCCGUAUUCAUUAUAUGCCCACAGUUUUUUGGUAAGAAACAUAAGACAAAAACUAUAAUACUUAUUCGCAAUAACUCACCAACAUACAUCAAUUCAGCUUACUUGCUAAAAGCCCCACUACGAACAUACGGUCAACUGAGCCUGACGUGCUAGACUUUAUCGGUGAGAUGCAAUGUUGUUGCUCAACAUGAUUCCAACAUAACUAUGCUAUGUAUUUGCUUCCGUUAGAUUAAACCCGCUUCGCACUAGAAUCUGAGAGGCCAAAACCACUUCGAGAGUUAUAUUGAGGAACUAAACGUAAGUUGAGAAUGAUCAAACUGAGCAUGAGCAUGAGCAUGAUGAUGAUUGACCGCCCGCGGUUGCUCCUCUGUUAUUGCAAGGACAACUGCAUUUACACAAAGAACCAACAGAUGAUGCUUGGGAUUAGCUUUCUCUUCAUUGUGUAAAUGCUGGAAUCCCAAUACUUUUCAAUAAGCAAUACCAGCGCCGGCCGCGAAAACGCAUUAAGCGAAACCGUAUAGGUAGUAAUGUAAGCUAAUUAACAACAUUUGAAUAAUCCCGCCCUUAUUCAGCCUCAAAUUUGAGACUUAAGAAGGGCAACUGAUUAUCUCGGAAAAACGCAAGGUCCACUGCACUAUUGAUCCGGUUAGCACAGUAAGGGCGUAAUACUGUGGAGGACGCCCUAAUUCUCCAUAGGCUCCGUUAGUGGUUAGGUUUUUAUUAGACCCCCCAAACCAUUCCUUGGUACGGUAAGCAUAAAGCCGCAUAACACCAUGAAUUAGGGGUCACCUGUUUAGUGGACUCUUACCACUAGUGUUAUUCUUAGCCAAUUGAGACAACCGCUACCGACACUACACAGCUAUCUAUGCCCACAGAUUUUUGGUAAGAAACAUAAGACAAAAACUAUAAUACUUAUUCGCAAUAACUCACCAACAUACAUCAAUUCAGCUUACUUGCUAAAAGCCCCACUACGAACAUACGGUCAACUGAGCCUGACGUGCUAGACUUUAUCGGUGAGAUGCAAUGUUGUUGCUCAACAUGAUUCCAACAUAACUAUGCUAUGUAUUUGCUUCCGUUAGAUUAAACCCGCUUCGCACUAGAAUCUGAGAGGCCAAAACCACUUCGAGAGUUAUAUUGAGGAACUAAACGUAAGUUAAGAAUGAUCAAACUGAGCAUGAGCAUGAGCAUGAUGAUGAUUGACCGCCCGCGGUUGCUCCUCUGUUAUUGCAAGGACAACUGCAUUUACACAAAGAACCAACAGAUGAUGCUUGGGAUUAGCUUUCUCUUCAUUGUGUAAAUGCUGGAAUCCAAAUACUUUUCAAUAAGCAAUACCAGCGCCGGCCGCGUCCGAAUGCAGGUCAAUUGAGGAUAGGGAAGGAAGUGAUGACAUGAUUCUCGCUUAGGCCAAUAACCGAGGAAUUCUCUGCGUUACUACGAGAAAUCACUAGGAGUUUGGACAGGGGAAAUGGAGAUGUGUUGAGGAUUUUGUCGUGGUAAACGAGUGUAAUGUUUUGAUUCGCGAUUAAUAAUGCGCUCGCGAAGAAAUAUCCUUCUAAACCUUGGACGACGAACGCGAUCUUUUGUGCCUCAAAACUCACCCUACAUAAGUUAUUCAUUCGCAACUAAGACAAUGCUGAACGCGAUCAAUUCACAAGUAUUAACAAAAUAACACGUGAUAAAUAAAUCAGAAAGAUCUUACCGCAUGGUUCGCCGUCUAUCUUUUACCGACCCUCUCUUUUUCCAGAAAUUCAUGCAACCUUUAUUUGAGUCAAAACAUUUAUUCAUUUGGACUAAAAUAUUACAAAUGUCGACACCGAAGAUGACGAACCAUUCAAAUUGUUGUGUUCAUGCAAAAAAUUAAAGGAAAUUAUUUAUUAUCAACUAAAUGUGCAUUUGGAACUAGCGCCGACACAUGACGUGACGAACUUUUCAAUAUUUGUUAGAUAAAUACACAAAAACCAGAUCUGCAGCAUCUUCCACUAACUGGCCUCGAAAUUACACUGAACUGCUACAACAACACACGGGUACGACGAUGUGCACAUUCAAAUUGUCGACGACAACGCGCCCGAUCCGAAUGAAAAAAGCGGCACUUCCUUUGCCUCCAAAAACACACUAAACCGCCUCGUACGAAGAUGAGUACGCACACAGGACGACGACGCGAUGCAACGACGAACCAAGACGGGCUGAAAUGUAAUCCGCUGCUGGCAUCACACGACCGACUCGCACAAAAACUAGUUUUUUUUUCUCUAAAAGCACGCACACACAACGACGACGCGAUGCAACGACGAACCAAGACGGACUCUCAUGCAACCUUUACUAUUGAGUCAAAACAUUUAUUCAUUCUGACUAAAAUAUUACAAAUGUCGACACCGAAGAUGACAAACCAUUCAUAUUUUUGUGUAAAUGCAAAAAUGAAAGAAACACAUUUAUUAUCAACUGCUUGUGCAUUGGGUACUAACGCCGACACAUGACGUGACGAACUUUUCAAUAUUUGUUAGAUAAAUACACAAAAACCAGAGCAGAAUUGUAUAAGUCCUUUAGCAUUAAUUAUUAUUAUUAUUAUUAUGAUAAAAUGGAAAGAGCUCACCAAUAAACAUCCUUCGAAGUGUUCAGUGCGUAUGUGCACCAGCAUCUUCCACUAACUGGCCUCUUCUCCGAAAUCACACUGAACCGCUACAACUACACACGGGAACGACGAUGUGGACAUUCAAAUUGACGACGACGACGACGCAGCCGAAUAAAAAAAGCGGCUUUUUCACUUUGCCUCAAAAAUCACUCUAAACCGCCCCGUACGAAGAUAAGCACAGUCAAAUCUGCGACGACGACGACGCGGCAGGCCCAAAUGAAAAAAAAAUGUCCUCUUCACUUUGCCUCCAAAAUCACGAAGAUGAGCACAGUCAAAUAGACGACAACGACGGACGAUCCGAAUGAAAGCGCGGCCUGUACACUUUGCCACCCAAAACUCACUAAAUCGUCCCGUACGAAGAUGAGCAGUCAAAUAAACGACGACGACGACCGAAUGAAAACGCGGCCUGUACACUUUGCCUCCAAAAACUCACUAAAUCGCCCCGUACGAAGAUUAGCAGUCAAAUAGACGACGACGACGACCGAAUGAAAGCGCGGCCUGUACACUUUGCCACCCAAAACUCACUAAAUCGUCCCGUACGAAGAUGAGCAGUCAAAUAAACGACGACGACGACCGAAUGAAAACGCGGCCUGUACACUUUGCCUCCAAAAACUCACUAAAUCGCCCCGUACGAAGAUGAGCAGUCAAAUAAACGACGACGACGACCGAAUGAAAACGCGGCCUGUACACUUUGCCACCAAAAACUCACUAAAUCGCCCCGUACGAAGAUGAGCAGUCAAAUAGACGACGACGACGACCGAAUGAAAACGCGGCCUGUACACUUUGCCACCAAAAACUCACUAAAUCGCCCCGUACGAAGAUGAGCAGUCAAAUAAACGACGACGACGACCGAAUGAAAACGCGGCCUGUACACUUUGCCUCCAAAAACUCACUAAAUCGCCCCGUACGAAGAUGAGCAGUCAAAUAAACGACGAUGACGACCGAAUGAAAACGCGGCCUGUACACUUUGCCUCCAAAAACUCACUAAAUCGCCCCGUACGAAGAUUAGCAGUCAAAUAGACGACGACGACGACCGAAUGAAAACGCGGCCUGUGCACUUUGCCACCAAAAACUCACUAAAUCGCCCCGUUCGACACCGAACCCCCGUGUGUUCAUAUAGGAAACGGUUCGCGUCUGCGCUGAUUUGACAGAAGCGAUCGCUCGCUUCAGUGGUCGACCGUUAAAUUGGGGGGGGGGGGGGGGUACACUUUUGAAUCGCCACUGUCACGUCGGUUCGUCGGUGCUCCUAUUACUGUUCUCCCGGAGCAAAAUCUAUUUAGUUAUUAAGAAAUGGAUUUAAUAGUUUAUAAGUUGAUACAACCGUAAGUAAAAACAAAACCUUUAUAAUGUCCCACAGGAAAAUUAUAUUCUCCCAAAACCGAGCAGAUCGUGUUUUAAUUUGUCGGUCGGAGAAUAAUCAUUUCGAAAACCGAUUCCCGUUGAAACGAAUUUCAACAGCAUAUAAUUUUCGUUUAUCGGACGAGUUGAGUGUGAUGCCGAGUCGCGGGUGUAUCAAGUCGGGUGCGAAGGGGGAUAAAGGCGCGCGAAAAAUGUCAGAUGAAGGUGGUGCGGUUGGUGGUCAAAGUGCUGGUGGUGGUGAGAUUCAAAAUGUGGUAGUAGUGGAUGAAACGUUGGAAGGUCAUUCGUGUAAGACGUGCAAAGGAGCGGACACCAAGAUGAUUGUUCAGUGUGACAAAUGCGAUGGGUGGUUCCAUUUUUCCUGCGUGGGUGUUUCUGAAGAUAUUGCCGACAAGAGCUGGAGCUGUACAAACUGCGUUACAGCGACAUGGAUCCAGCGAACUAAGGCAACUUCAGACAACGGCACCAAACAGGACGAGGACAACUUGGAGCGCAGGUCAACCAGGAGCCAGCCAAUUGGUCACAUCGUUACUAGCACGCGCACCAAUCUAGUGAUUCCUCCAGGAAAUGAAGUCCAUAAAGCUGCUUCCUAAUAUUUAAAUCCCGUUAGCAGCGUUCAAAAAUCCUCUUCAAAAGUGGUGACUGAUCAAACGAAGGCCGAUCAGCAGAAGCAACAGCGGGAGCUCACUAACAGAGAAAAACGGAAAGCAGAUCUUCUGGUCGAGGACGCAAUGAAAGCCUUGUCGGAGGUUUCUUUUUCUUCGUCGCAGAAGUCAGCGGUUAGUCGUGCAAGGCUUCAGCUUAUGCGGCUACAGGAGGAAAGAGAAUUCCAGCAGCAGCAAGAAGAGCGCCGAAGAAUCGCCGAAGAAAAAGCUACACAAGAACAUCGAAAGUACCUGGAGGAGAAGUAUCGGUUGCUUGAAGAGGCGUUGAGCGAGAAAAGUUCGAGGAGAAGUGAAAACGGAUCGAAGAGCUGCAGUGAAGCUUCAAGUCGAAUGAUCGACUGGGUACAGAAAACCAGCCAGAUGCAGCAGAUCGUACCAGAUGUGAGUGGUCUUAGUAGGGAUAGACCACAUACCCCCGUUGAUACCAUGGAGCCAACGCAAAUCACUGGGCGGUUCGUACAGCCACGAAUUCGUUUCGAACCAAACGCCCAUACUGGUUUCACCAGUAAUAUAGAAACUGGUCAACAAUUCGAUCUGCGUUCAGCGAUUCAGUCGACUCACACAGGAGCAGCAACGACCGCAGCUGCAAGGCGGCCACCGCCUCGGCCACCGCAGCCCAAUCACUUCCGUCAGGGAGGAAUGCCAUCAAAUCCUAACGGCGAUCCCCUCACCUGGUCAUCCAGACCCCCAUUCAAUUCCACUACAUUUGAUGGACAGGUUCUGGCUCCACCGGCCUGGUCUACCGGUGUUCACCAUCGGAACCCUCAGAGUGGCAUCCGAGGCUUGCACGGACUGUCUCAGGAGGAGUCUCAAGAUGAAUUUCAGCUUUCUCGAUCCCAAGUGGCAGCCAGACAAGCAGUACCGAGGGAUUUGCCAACGUUUUCCGGUAAUCCAGAAGAAUGGCCGAUAUUUCUGUCGAUGUACAACCGUACGACCACGAUGUGCGGGUUCAACGAGGAGGAGAACCUGCAAAAUAGCCUGAAAGGCAAGGCCUACGAAGCGGUAAAGAGUCGGCUGAUGUUCCCUGGAAACGUUUCAGGCAUUCUGUCGACCCUUAAGAUGCUAUUCGGGCAACCCGAAGUCAUUAUUCAAUCGCUAAUUGAGAAAGUGAGCUCUCUACCAGCCAUCAGGGAAGACAAACUGGAUACACUGGUUGAUUUUGCCGUACACGUGCAGAACUUCUGUGCCACCGUAGACGCGUGUGGACUGCAGGAGUAUAUGUACAAUAUCACGAUGCUACACCAGAUAGUCAGCAAGCUGCCAUCGUCGCUCAAGCUCAACUGGGCGCAGCAUCGUCUAAUGGAACCCACGGCCAACCUGGCGACCUUCAGUAGGUGGAUUUAUAGCUUGACAGAAGCGGCAAGCAUCGUCACCUUCUCGCCGCCGGUGCAGCAUGAAAAACUUUCCCGAAAUGAGGUUCACGGUUCAAAAAAGGGAAAUUGUAACGAUAAUUGUUGCAAGCACUGUGCGCAAAAUCUGCUUGCCUCUGAUUGGUUAUUAAAAUAUAAGUGUUCCCGUCAACCACAAACUUUUGCGUCUCAAAGUAGGUAGGAAAGCCUCCGCGCAAAUGAUAUAAAUAGAGGCCUCAUAACGCAAACCGAGAUCAUUGUGUGCAAACCUGUGACGAAGAACAGUCCAGCCUCCAGAGCAGCUAGCAGAGCAGAUCCUACCUGCAGAGGAGCACAGUGGUUGUGUGUCCAGCAACCGUGCUGAAGCCGACGAGGGAUCCAGACGAGGUCCAGUCAAGCAGCAACCAGCCUACCUGCAACCCCAACGAAGCCGGCGGCACCGAGGUGGAGUUCAACUCGCUGAGGGCCUGGUUUCUCAAAUUGUAAUUUUUAUUGCAUGAAACCAGAAGAAGAGUUAUAUUCAGGUUAUUUUUCCCAACUAGUUGCCACCCCACCAUACGUGUGAACUUUUGGUUGCAUCGAUUUUGUACAGCAAGCUGCAGAUAUCCUGAGCUACUUGCAAGUGAAAGAGAAGAUUUGUGCACGUGACUACAAACCGACGUAAGUCAUCCUGUGUGUGAACCAAAGCUGUGUGUAGUAAUUGCGACCUUUUCGUACAGUGCCCUGAAACGCAGUCAAUUUAUAUUGUAUCCUGGAAGACCCGACUGACCGGCGGACCAGUGCAGAUCGUUGUUGCUGUCUGUUCCUGCCUCGCGUGAAUAGGUCGUCGCGGAAAACCAGAUAAGUGGCAUGCAUGCAUGAAAAACAGUGAAAGCCAGUAAUCGUGCACGAACUUUUAACUUUCUGGCAAAUAGUUUGCGCGUAGUUAGAAUACCACCUAGAUUUGUAAGCUAAAAAUGCGAAUAAGUUUUUCGAAUAAUUGGCCAAUAUACGCAGUGGUUUAAUGUGGGUGAGAUCACUUUUUGAUGAAUAUAGUAGUUUUUUUUUUUUGGUGUGUUUAAUUAACUUUGUUUUAUUAUUUUGUGCAACGGUGUUUUGAGCAGCUUCUCUAUUAAAUCAAGUGUGGUCGGAUCUACGACUGGCCGACAGCUAGCGGGCAACCUAAAUUGAGGUUCCGGCAAUCCAACUUUUGGCGCUUGAGCUGGAAUUUUUUCCAACGAGAUUUUGCUGCAAUUCGGGCAUUCGUUAUUUUUGCUGGAGGUUUCUGUGGUCCCACCGGGAAAAAACGUUACAAAAUGCGUAUCUCAACGCCCACUCUGAAGCUUCCGAGGAGAACAAGAAUGCUUCGUCUAAGGAACACGCGAAACCAGCGCUGGCGGAACAGGUUUGCCCAAUCUGUAAGGGCACUUGCAAAUCCGCCGACAAGUGUAAGCGCUUCGUCGAGUUAUCCAGAGAAUCACGCUGGGCAGCUAUCAGGGAGUUUGGUCUGUGUAGAACCUGUCUGCGGAUUCACAAGGGAAACUGCAACGCCAAACCGUGCGGUAAAAAUGGGUGUACCUAUCGGCAUCACGAGCUGCUGCACAACGAUUCGAAGGAAAAGCCUCAGAAUACCGCCGCCCCAGUUGCAGCUGGAAACGAAAGCAAGCCAUCUGCUCCACCUUGUCCAAAUCCAUCUGGAUGCAAUACUCACCAAACAGCCGCCAGCUCUACGCUGUUUCGCUACCUCCCUGUCGUAUUGUACGGUAAAACGACCGUAGUUCAUACGUACGCCUUCUUGGACGAGGGCUCCGAGCUAACCCUGCUUGAUCAAGAGCUGGCUAAUCUGCUAGAGCUGGAUGGUGCCAAACGACCGCUAUGCCUGCGUUGGACGGGAGGAACGGAACGCUGUGAACCGGAUUCCCGAGCAUACAAUCUUCAAAUCGCUGGAGCUAAGGAAAGAAGCAAACGGUUGGAUAUCAACGACAUACGAACGGUGAAGGAACUUAAGCUACCAUCGCAAACAUUGGAUAUGACCAAAUUUUCCCAGGAGUAUUCACAUCUCCGAGAUCUGCCGAUCGACUCCUACCGAGAUGUACGACCACGCAUACUGAUCGGAACCAAGCACGCCCACCUUGGCCUCGUCUUGAAAAGUCGAGAGGGAGAAUUCGGGCAGCCGAUAGCAGUGAAGUCACGGCUGGGUUGGACCAUCUGUGGAGGACAAGACAGUGAUCGUGGAACAAGUCUU